AUGUUGGAAUUGGUAUUAAUGGAUAUGUUCCAUCAAGAUGUAGAAGAUUUAAGCACACUGACUUUGUCUGAUGAGGAACCUUCCACCUCAGGGGAGCAAACCUAUUACGACCUAGUGAAGUCAUUUAUGGCAGAGGUUCGGCAAUACAUAAGGGAACUAAACCUCAUUAUCCGAGUUUUUAGAGAGCCAUAUGCCUCCAACUCCAAGCUGUUUUCAUCUCAUGAUGUGGAAAAUAUCUUUAGUCGGAUCUCAGACAUCCAUGAGCUUAGUGUGAAGCUGUUGGGUCACAUAGAAGACACUGUUGAAAUGACAGAUGAAGGUAGUCCUCAUCCACUAGUAGGCAGCUGUUUUGAAGACAUGGCAGAGGAGCUGGCCUUUGAUCCAUACGAGUCAUACGCUCAGGACAUUCUGCGCCCUGGCUUCCACGACCACUUCCUCAGUCAGUUAUCCAAGCCAGGAGCUGCUUUUUAUUUACAGUCAAUAGGUGAAGGCUUUAAAGAAGCUGUUCAGUAUGUCCUCCCCCGGCUGCUCCUUGCUCCUGUUUACCACUGCCUUCAUUAUUUUGAGCUGCUAAAACAAUUAGAAGAAAAAAGUGAGGAUGAAGAGGACAAGGAGUGCUUGAAGCAAGCAAUAACUGCCCUGCUGAAUCUUCAAAGCAGCAUGGAACGGAUAUGCUCCAAAAGCCUUGCGAAGCGAAGGCUCAGUGAGUCCGCCUGCCGGUUCUACACGCAGCAGAUGAAGGGCAAGCAGCUGGCAAUCAAGAAAAUGAACGAGAUCCAGAAAAACAUCGACGGCUGGGAGGGGAAGGACAUCGGGCAGUGCUGCAACGAGUUCAUCAUGGAAGGCACCCUGACCAGGGUGGGGGCCAAGCACGAGAGGCACAUCUUCCUCUUUGACGGUUUGAUGAUCUGCUGCAAGUCCAACCACGGCCAGCCGCGGCUGCCCGGCGCCAGCAACGCCGAGUACCGGCUGAAGGAGAAGUUCUUCAUGCGGAAGGUGCAGAUCAAUGACAAGGACGACACGGCGGAGUACAGGCACGCCUUCGAGAUCAUUCUGAAGGACGAGAACAGCGUGGUGUUCGCCGCCAAGUCCGCCGAGGAGAAGAACAACUGGAUGGCGGCGCUGAUCUCGCUGCAGUAUCGCAGCACGCUGGAGAGGAUGCUGGAUGUGACGAUGCUGCAGGAGGAGAAAGAGGAGCAGAUGAAGUUCCCCAACCCUGAGCUUUACAGGUUCGCAGAACCCGACUCUGAGGAGAACAUUGUGUUUGAGGAGAACAUGCAGCCCAAGUCUGGAAUCCCCAUCAUCAAGGCAGGGACUGUCGUCAAGCUGAUCGAGAGGCUGACCUACCACAUGUACGCAGAUCCCAACUUUGUUCGGACUUUUCUUACAACGUACAGAUCCUUCUGUAAGCCUCAGGAGCUGCUGAGUCUGCUCAUAGAAAGGUUUGAAAUCCCAGAGCCUGAGCCAACAGAAGCCGACCGCAUGGCGAUGGAGAACGGAGACCAACCUUUCAGUGCUGAGCUGAAGAAAUUCAGGAAGGAGUACAUCCAGCCUGUGCAGCUGAGGGUGCUGAAUGUCUGCAGACACUGGGUAGAGCAUCACUUCUAUGACUUUGAAAGAGAUGCUGACCUGCUGCAACGUCUGGAGGAGUUCAUUGGAACAGUAAGAGGCAAAGCCAUGAAGAAAUGGGUUGAGUCCAUCACCAAGAUCAUCAACAGGAAGAAGCAAGCACAAGCCAUUGGGCCCAGCCACAACAUCACCUUUGAGAGCCCUCCCCCAGCCAUUGAGUGGCACAUCAGCAAGCCAGGACACACUGAGACCUUUGACUUGCUCACCUUGCAUCCCAUAGAGAUUGCUCGGCAGCUGACUUUGCUCGAGUCGGAUUUUUACAGAGCUGUGCAGCCAUCUGAGCUGGUUGGAAGUGUGUGGACAAAGGAAGACAAAGAAAUCAACUCUCCCAAUCUUCUUAAAAUGAUCAGGCACACAACCAACCUCACUCUGUGGUUUGAAAAGUGCAUUGUAGAAACAGAAAAUCUGGAGGAGAGAGUGAUUGUAGUCAGCAGGAUCAUUGAGAUCCUGCAGGUUUUCCAAGAGCUGAACAACUUCAACGGCGUCCUCGAGAUUGUCAGCGCCAUGAACUCGGCAGCGGUCUAUAGGUUGGAUCACACAUUUGAGCAAAUUCCCAGUCGCCAGAAGAAGAUUUUAGAAGAAGCUUAUGAGCUGAGUGAGGAUCAUUAUAAGAAGUACUUGGCAAAACUCAGGUCCAUUAAUCCUCCUUGUGUGCCUUUUUUUGGGAUUUACUUAACUAACAUUCUGAAGACAGAAGAAGGCAACCCUGAAUUUUUGAAGCGCCAUGGCAAAGAACUCAUCAACUUCAGUAAGAGAAGAAAGGUGGCUGAGAUAACAGGAGAGAUACAGCAGUACCAGAACCAGCCCUACUGUUUAAGAGUGGAGUUUGACAUCAGGAGGUUUUUUGAGAACCUGAAUCCCAUGGGAAACAGCAUGGAGACAGAAUUCACUGACUACCUGUUCAACAAGUCCCUCGAGAUAGAGCCCAGGAAUGUCAAGCCUCCACCAAGAUUUCCCAAAAAAUACAGCUACCCUCUGAAGUCUCCAGGUGUUCGUCCCUCUAACCCAAGGCCAGGUACCAUGAGGCAUCCCACCCCUCUGCAGCAGGAGCCCAGGAAGAUCAGCUACAGUCGCAUCCCCGAGAGCGAGAGCGAAGCCACGGCCUCGGCGCCCAACUCCCCCCGGACACCUCUCACCCCUCCCCCUGCUUCUGCUACUUCCAGCACCACAGAUGCCUGCAGUGUCUUUGACUCAGAUCCUUCCAGCCCUUUUCAUGCAAGAUCUGCUUCUGUGUCAUCCAUAAACUUUACCAAAAUUUCAGAUGAAGCUCAUGUCCCCCCUCCAGUUCCUCCAAGAAGAAGACCAGAGUCUGCCCCAGCUGAAUCCUCCCCAUCAAAAAUGGCUUCUGCACACCUGGACAGCCCACCAGCAAUUCCUCCUAGGCAGCCAACCUCGAAGGUGUACUCCCCAAGGUACUCAGUGCCUGACCGGACCUGCAUCCCCGACCCCCCUGAGAGCCCUCCGGUGUUACCGCCUCGGGAGCCGGUGCGAACGCCGGACGUGUUCUCCAGCUCACCACUACACCUCCAACCUCCGCCCCUGGGCCGAAAAAGCGAACUGGGAAACACCUUUUUCCCCAACAGCCCCUCUCCCUUCACCCCUCCCCCGCCUCAGACGCCUUCUCCACACGUGGCGCGGAGGCACCUCCCGUCGCCGCCGCUGCUGCUGCCGCCCCCGCCGCUGCCGCCGCCGGAGGCCGAGCCGCCUCCCGUGGCCGGCCCGCCCGUCCCUCCGCGCCAGAGCACUUCUCAACAUAUCCCAAAGCUGCCUCCGAAGACUUACAAGCGGGAGCACACGCACCCCUCGAUGCACCGCGACGGGCCGCCGCUGCUGGAGAACGCCCACUCCUCCUGA